CUGAUUUCAUGGCUGCGCCCAUGUCGAAUGCCGACGAUUGACGAAAGAGUCUGACGUGUGCGGUAUAAUGAAUGUAAGUAAUGGCACAUGUUCCAUCGUAUCUAAAACCAAAGGGCCGUGGAAGAGGAAGGGGGAGCAACUUCAGUGCUACAAAUAACACCAAUAGUAGUUCUUUGGUACCGGGCAAAAAUGCAGAAAAACACAAGAAUGCAGAGGAGAAGUUUUUACAGGCCAGUACAGCUCACCAGCAGGCCAUCCAGCAACAUAUACAGCAGGAAGAGAAGGAAGAAGAGGAGGAAGACAUUGCUGAUGACAUCAUCAACACAGUGUUUAAAUCUUAUUCUUCUUUGUAUAGCAAUGAAGGGGACACUACUGGAGAACAGGGAACAGCUCAAGAAGACUUGGUACAUUCUUACCGCUCCAGCUCUUCUGCCUGUCUGAUCUGUAUUGAAACAAUUAAAAAGAAUGAUGCUAUCUGGAACUGUAGUGGUUGCUAUGCUAUGUUCCAUAUGCAGUGUAUUCAGAAGUGGGUGCGUGAAGGGAUAUAUCAGCAUGCCUACAAAUCACCAGAUGGACAAACUCCCAGCAAAGACAUUCCUUGGCACUGUCCUAAAUGUAGAACAGAGUACCAGCAAAAAGACUGCCCCUCUAAAUACUUAUGCUUUUGUGGAAAGGAAGUGAACCCCAAGUUUGACCCAUGGUUAGUACCUCAUUCCUGUGGACAGACUUGUGGCAGAAAUUUGAAGCCAGAGUGUGGACACACCUGUCUUUUGCUGUGUCAUCCAGGAGCCUGUCCUCCAUGCCCUAAGACCGUGACAGUAACCUGUCAUUGUGGUAAACAGAAACCUAAAGUGGUCAGGUGUAGUGCUAAACAAUGGUCAUGUGGAAAACCAUGUGGGAAAAAGCUGUCAUGUGGCCAUCACAACUGCCAGCUCCCUUGUCAUGCAGGCGAAUGUGCCCCUUGUCCUAAAACAAGCAAGCAGUCCUGUUAUUGUGGGAAAAAAGUCACUACACGGCCAUGUGCCAGCCCAGAUUGGAAGUGUGAUCAGCCUUGUGGCAAAACACUUUCCUGUGGAAACCACCUAUGUGAGAAGAUUUGUCACAAGGAGAGUUGUGGGCCUUGUCCAAGAUCUGGCCAACGAUUCUGUCCUUGUGGGAAAACAGAAUACAACCUGCCUUGUACAGAGGAUGUACCAACCUGUGGUGAUACUUGUGGUAAACUGUUGGAUUGUGGGAUGCAUACCUGUUCACAACGCUGUCACACUGGCAACUGUGGAUCUUGCCUACAAUUAGUAACAAAGAAAUGUCGAUGUGGACAGAAGCAAAAAGAGGUCUUAUGUUCAAAGCAAUAUCUGUGUGAAAUCAAGUGUACAGCGAUGAGGGACUGCAACAAACACCAGUGUAAGAGAAAGUGUUGUGAUGGAAACUGUCCUAGCUGUGAACAAGUUUGUGGAAAAUUGCUAAGCUGUAAAAACCACAAGUGUGCUAGUGGAUGUCAUAGAGGACCAUGUUAUCCUUGUCCAUUAACUGUACAGAUAACCUGCUUUUGUAAAGCAACUCGUAUCACAGUGCCAUGUGGGAAAGAAAAAGUCACUCGCCCACCUCGAUGUAACUACCCAUGCAGAAAAACCCCAAUCUGCCAUCACUCUAGUCAGAUCCCACACCGAUGUCAUUUUGGAGACUGUCCGCCAUGUCGAUUGGUUUGUGGGAAACAGCUGGAAGGAUGUCCUCACUCUUGUCCAGCCCAGUGUCACACAGCUGUUAAAAUGAUCAUCAGAGACAAUACUGUGAGAGCAGGCCCAUGGGAAGGUAGGCCAACCAUAAAGGAGGAAAUAGUGUGUAAGCCUUGCCCACCUUGUCAGUUUCCUAUCCCUGUACAAUGCCUGGGACUCCAUGAGAUUUCUAAUUUCCCAUGUUCAGAAGUUCGGAAAUACUCAUGUGGCAGAAAGUGUGGUCGCAAGUUGGAAUGUGGGAAUCACACCUGUUCUAAGGAGUGCCACCUGGUUACUAAUGCCCCAGACACUAUAAAAUGUGGAGAUAACUGUGAAGAAUGUGAGUUAAGUUGUCAAAAGCCCCGCCCUGAGGGCUGUACCCACACUUGCCCAGCUAUGAAGUGUCAUCCAGGCCCCUGCCCCCCUUGUCAGCAGAUGUUACGUAUGAGGUGCCACUGUCAGAUUAGUGUGCAGCACGUCAGCUGUGAUGAAUGGAUCAGGAAUGUAGAGAAAAGAGAAAGCUUGCAGUCUUGUGGUGGGGAGUGUCCCAAGCUGAUGCCGUGUGGACACCCAUGUGGAGCUGUAUGUCAUGCUGGGGAAUGUCCCAAUAUUGGAAAAUGUGAAAAGAAGGUCACAGUCCGCUGUAAAUGUCGCCGCAAGAAAAAGGACUUUCUGUGUAAAGAGGUCAAGGAUGGGAAAAAAUUGGACUGUGAUGACAUUUGUCAGCAAGAAAAGGAGCGUAAGAAAAAGCUGGAGGAAGAUAAAGAAAAACAGAAAAAAGAAGAGGAAAGGAAAAAGCAGCAAGCAGAAUUGGAAGAGUAUGAGAGAAAGAUGAAGGGACGAAAAAGACGUCAACACAAGGCUACAGAAGAAGAGGAGAAGCCAUCAUUUCUACAGAGACAUAGGAAGGUUGUCUUCCUCUCAGUUACUGUCGCUGUACUGGCCGUGUUUGCCUUCUACCUCAUCAGUCAGUAAAAUACACAAAACACUACUGCAAUGGAGCUUAAAAUAACAAUUCAAGGUUUUGUUUUUGUUAUUCAGCUGCUUUUUCUGUGAAUAAAUUGAAGAUGACAA